CUUGUCCUCCUUCCUCCUCUGAGUUAGCUAGAGCAGUUCGUUAGCAACACUAGCUUGUGGAGCUAGUUUAGCACAUAGCAUAUACCUUCCUGCCGAGAAAAUAUUAAUUAAUGUGGAACUUUAUUUUACAUAUCACAUAUACAUGAUCAGCUAACUUUCCUGGAUAUGUCAGCGUGUAGCCUCGCUGCAUCACGCACAUGUCGUGGCGUGUCACUGAAAACCACUCGACCUUCGUUUAACCUGUUAACAAACUAUGGAUGCUCGACAACAAACGUGGAAAACUUCCAUAGAAGACGAAGAAAAAGCUGUUUUCAAAGCCACAGCACUAAUGUAACGCGCCUGUUCAGCUCCCGACCACACAACCCUAAGGUACCAAAGGUUGCAACAUGGGAACCUGUACCUGAACACCAACUUCCCCCGCCUACCCAAAUCCCUGCUGACCUGGUGGACAAACUGGAGCGCCUGGCCUUGGUUGAUUUCCGCACCAAACAGGGACUGGCUUGUUUGGAGAAAGCCAUCCGGUUUGCAGAUCAGCUUCAUGUUGUUGACACGUCAGAGGUUGAACCAAUGGACUCGGUUCUAGAAGACAGGGCUUUAUACUUGAGAGAUGAUGCAGUGGCGGAAGGUGACUGUGCUGAAGAACUGCUUCACCUCUCAAAGAACACAGUUGAAGAAUAUUUUGUGGCGCCACCAGGAAACAUUCCUCUGCCUAAGAGGGACGAGAGGGCCGCCAUGCUCAAACACUCUGAGUUCUGAUGUUUAUGACUUUGUCCUUGAUAUUUAUUACUUUUUUAUUUGGAUACCGGAUGCAUCUUUCAAGAACUACAAUAUAUGUCAGAUCUGUUUAUCGAAGCCAAAUCUAGUCUCUUUCCUGCUCAUCUUUCUGUCUUCUCAUGUUCUGCAACAGGAAAAAUAAAAAGCUUUACAUACGUUUUUGUUUUUCAUA